GUCAAGAGUGCGCUGCCCCUGGCUGCUUUCUCGGGAGCAGACGCGAAGGGAUCGGGCAUGAAGAGGACGAUUGAGCUGGUUUUAUGACAGCACAAGAGUGUAAAAUGUCAGCUAAUGAACUGAAUGGUCUCCACAAAGAUUUUCCAGUCAAGGUGGAGCUGCAUAUACACUUGGAAGGUGCUGUUAGGUUUCAGACGAUCCUAGAUCUUGCAAGAGAGAAGAAUAUAAAACUGCCAGUACAGACUGUGGAUGAGUUGAAACAGUUUAUCUGUGUGCGGAAACCAGAAGACCUGACCUCAGCAUUAGAAAAUUUUUAUAUAUUUGCACCAGCUUUUGCUGGCUGUGCAAUGGUGUAUCGAGUGGCCUAUGAGCUGUGUGAAGAUGCUGCUAAAGCAGGUAUACACUACAUGGAAGUGCGGUACUCUCCACAUUUUCUCAGCAAUUCGUUGGGUGUGAAGACAUAUGCACCCACUUGUGACGGGGUGUUCUCCCCUCAUGAAGUUGUGAAAACUGUCAACAAAGCAUUUGCAUGUGGUUCUGAAGAUUUUGGGAUUACAGUCAAGAGUAUCUUGUGCUGCAUUCGGCAUCAUCCAUAAUGGUCCUGGAAUGUCAUGGAGCUAUGCGACGAGUUCUCCAGUGAAGGCGUGGUUGCCAUGGACAUUGCAGGUCCAGAAAUUGGUGACAUUGUGACAAAGCACGAAGCACAGAAGCGUGGUUUGGCCUGCAUUGCACAUGCUGGUGAAGCGGGGCCUGCAGACAUGGUGAAAAUGUCAGUGGAAAAGCUGGGAGCAGUUCGAAUCGGCCAUGGCUACAGAUGUUUGGAAGAUGAACUGUUAUACCAAGACCUGCUAAAGAAGAGGGUGCACUUUGAGGUGUGUCCACUGUCAUCUUUAAUGACUAAUGGUGCUCCAAAUGGAAAGAAUCACCCAAUCCUUAGGUUUGCAAAAGAUGGUGCUAACUUUUCCAUCAACUCAGAUGAUCCAACGUUGUUUGACAACUCUCUAGCUGAUGAUUAUAAGUGUGCCUUGGAAUUGGGCCUGACAAAGGAGCAGAUUAUUACUUCGAUUUUCAAUGCAGCUCGAGCCAGUCUAGGUACUCCUGCUGAAAAAGAAAAGCUGUUGGCAAAGCUAAUAUCUGUUUACGGCAAAUACUAGAUGUAUUUGCAGUACUUGGAUCAACUUUAAAAUCUUCAGCAACACUAACUACUAUUCAAGAAGCUGUUCUCUUCUUGUUCUUUAAAAGUUUAAAGUAUUCUUCUUAACUCCUGUGAUAUCUAGUCGGUUGUUUUAAUUUGUCAUUAGAAAUAUCUCAUUAUUAAUCAGUCUUGUUUGUUUUUUGGGGUUUUUUAAACUGCAAUGCACUUUUAAGCUUUUGUUAGAAUAUAAGCAACCAAUUGAGAUUACUAAAGGUGGCUAAUAUUUUAAUAACUUCAUAGCAUAAAGGUGCACGUGUAUUGUGCUUCUUUGUAUUUAGACAUUAAUUUUCGUAAAAGUGAAAGCCAUUAGAUCAAAGUUAGGAAAUUGACAUUCCAUUUAAUUGCAUAAAAGAGGUGACUGCAAAUAUCAAAGCAACCAAUGAUACAUUAUGCAUGUGAUACAUCUGUUAAAAAAAGUGAAAAGAGCUGACAAGCUGAAGUCAACAAAGAACUGACACUAAGGCCAGGGAGAUACGUGAAAAGUCUCCUUGCUGCUGGCAGACUUAAAAAUAAAACAUGUUUUAGUAACAACAUCAAGGGAA